CACACACACACAGACUGGUGUAGCAAUGGUCCAGAAAACAAGCAGCAAGGAAAAACCCGAUGCGCUGUUUGCUGGGGACUCGUCCGAUUCCGGCGCGCUGGAUCUGGACAUGGCUUCUUCCCCGACCCCCGGCUCCACGGAGUCCGGCGCGGACAAGCUUGACCCCGGCUGGUGCAAAACCCCCAGCGGUCACAUCAAGAGACCAAUGAACGCGUUCAUGGUGUGGUCGCAAAUCGAGAGGCGCAAGAUCAUGGAGCAGUCGCCGGACAUGCACAACGCGGAGAUCUCCAAGAGACUCGGCAAGCGCUGGAAGCUCCUGAAAGACAGCGACAAGAUCCCCUUCAUCCAAGAGGCGGAGCGCCUGCGGCUCAAGCACAUGGCAGACUACCCCGACUACAAGUACCGGCCGAGAAAAAAGGUGAAGUCGAGCGGCUCCAAACCGAGCGAGAAGGGAGAGAAGCUCAGCUGCGCCAGCGCCGGCUCCAAACCAGCCUCAAAGAAGAGCGGGAGCCCCAGAUCCACGAGCAAGCCGCACAAAAUAGUUCUGGGCAGCGCGAAGGCAGCGUUCCCCGAGCAGGGACCCGCGGAUCACCACUCUCUCUACAAAUCCAAGUCAGCGUCGGCUUCCAAGCAGAUACCUGACAAGAAGGCGAAGCGGGUGUACAUUUUCGGGGGCGGCAGCGGCAUAAGCCCGUGUUCAGCAGCCGUGCCCGCCAGCCCGACCCUGAGCAGCUCCGCCGAGUCCAGCGACCCGCUGAGUCUGUACGAGGACGGAGCCAGCAGCGGCAAGGAGGGCGCCGACUCCCCCAGCAGCUCGUCCUCGGACCGCCACAGGUACACCACCAUGCGGGCGUCCUCGCCCGCUCCGUCCGCGUCACACUCGUCCUCCUCUUCAUCGCAGUUCUCCUCUUCCUCCGACGAGGAGCUCGACGACGACAUGCUGGACGUUAACCCGAGCCCAGGCUUUGACAGCAUGUCCCUGGGAAGCAUCGGCUCGUCGGUGCUGGACAGAGACUUCGACAUGCACUUCGAGUCCGGGGCUUCUCAUUUCGAGUUCCCCGACUACUGCACGCCGGAGGUGAGCGAGAUGAUUUCAGGGGACUGGCUGGAGUCCACCAUUUCUAACUUGGUGUUCACGGCUCACGUGCUGAACUAG